AUGCUGGCUGCAGGAUGCAACAGGGCCCAGGGGAGGACGUCUCUCGAUCCCUGGUGGAGGCAGCGAGGCACUCACUACAAAGAGCUCUUGUUUGUGAGCAGCCGGCUCUUCUUCCUGCUGCUCUGCCUCCCUACGGGGAAGACUGCCGAUGCUGGCCGACAUGUCGGGCAGACGAGAUCGGAUCCCUUGCUGGGAGGGAUGAAGGCGGGAAGAAUGGGGAGCGCGGAGUGGGACAAAGAGGUUACGAGGGCCAAGGAGCUGCAGGAGCUUGCGGUCCUGUCCCGAGUGAACUGCUCGUUCCGGCAUGACCUCAUGCACGACUUCGACCUCAUGCAUGGCCUCUCCCCUAGCGUCCCCCGCGGCGCCUCGGUGUCGAGGGCGAGCCUGCACAUGGGGGAGGAGACAAGGAUCCCGCGGGGGCUGACGCGGAGAGCUCUGAGCGACAAGUCUCUGUCAGAGAUCAUGCUCUCUCGCCGAUGCUGCGAGGCGGCAGAGAACGUGUCCAAGGACUCCUCCGAGCCCAACAUGCGCAGGGCGCACUGGAUGCAGAUGCCGGACCUGGGCAGGAUCAACAUCUCGAGGAUCAGGAGCUUCGAGCAUCUGCUCAACCUCUCCCACCACUUCCGCCUGCCCCUCGCGUUCCUUCCCG